AUGCCUGAAACCACUCCAGCUAAGUCAGUCCAAAUUACAUUACCUAAUGGCUUGAAGUAUGAGCAGCCAACCGGUUUGUUCAUCAACAAUGAGUUUAUACAGUCGCAAGGUGGUGAGAUUCGUGAAGUUGAAAACCCUUCCACGAAUGAAAAGAUCGCAGAUAUUUCUGCUGGGAAUGAAGCUGAUGUUGAAUAUGCGGUAGAGGCUGCCGAGAAGGCUUUUUACAGUGAAUGGUCUACCCAAGACCCGAAGUUGAGGGCCAAAUAUCUGUACAGGUUGGCCGAUCUAAUUGAAGAAAAUUUCGACCUCGUCAGCUCGAUCGAGUCUGCAGAUAAUGGUAAGACUCUAGCUCUCUCCCAAACUGACGUUAAGUUGGCUAUAAACUGCCUGAGGGAUGGGGCAUCCUAUGCAGACAAGAUUGACGGCAGAGUAAUCAACUCCGGUGAUACACAUAUCAAUUUGACCUUCCAUGAGCCUAUUGGUGUAUGUGGACAGAUCAUCCCAUGGAACUUUCCUAUAAUGAUGUUUAUUUGGAAGAUCUCCCCAGCGCUGGCUAUGGGAAAUACUUUGGUCUUGAAGCCGGCGUCUGCGACACCUCUGAAUGCAUUGUUCGUGGCAUCUUUGGCCAAGAAGGCUGGUUUCCCUCCUGGAGUAUUGAAUGUCAUACCAGGAUCCGGCAGUAAGGUCGGGUCUGCCAUUGCAAACCAUAAGAGGAUUAGAAAGGUUGCUUUCACUGGCUCUACAGAGAUCGGAAGAAGCACAGCUGUCGAUGCAUCUAAAUCCAAUUUAAAGAAAGUUACCAUGGAGCUUGGUGGAAAAUGUCCUCACUUGGUGUUUGAUGAUGUGGAUAUUGAGAAGACGGUACCAAAUCUGGUGGCCGGUAUCCUAGAGAAUGCAGGCCAGGUUUGCUCCGCUGGGUCUAGAAUAUAUGUUCAAGAAGGCAUCUAUGACAAGAUUGUAGAAGCUUUUAGAAAAUAUGUCGAAAUGAAUGUCAAGGUUGGUGAUCCCUUCGAUGACAGCAAUUUCCAAGGUGCAAUUACCAACAAGCAGCAAUAUAAUACUAUUCUAGAAUACAUUAAAAUUGGCAAAGACGAAGGUGCGAAGAUAUACGGUGGUAGGAAAUUGGGAGACAAAGGCUACUUUAUCGAACCAACUAUCUUUUACGAUGUCAAACAAAACAUGAGAAUUGUGAAAGAGGAGAUAUUUGGACCUGUGGUGGCUAUUGGUAAAUUUAAGACGUUGCAGGAAGCCGUGGAUUUGGCAAAUGAUUCGGAGUACGGUCUUGCAGCGGCAGUGGAAACUUCAAGCCUAUCAACUGCCUUGACUGUAUCUAGGAAAUUGCAGUCUGGUACUGUGUGGGUCAAUACUUAUAAUGACUUUGAUUCGAGAAUGCCAUUUGGUGGUGUAAAACAGUCUGGUUACGGAAGGGAGAUGGGCAAAGAAGUCUACGAAGCUUAUACCAACGUAAAAGCCAUCAGAAUCAAAUUAUGA